AUGUUGCGCAGAGCAGCCUUGACCAAGGACCAACAACACCUUGUGCAGUCCCAGGUUGGCAAAACGUUGACAUUGGGAAACGUGGAGCAAAGCCUUUUUCUGGUUUUUGGUCAAGACUUCAAGCAAUCCAAUCAUCAAAGUCACCGUGGAAAAUCAUUCCCCAAGGGAAAGGGUCGUUCCAAUGUGCACCAUGCAGAAGAUGAUGAACAUGAGUUUCAAGACGAUUGGAAUGAAAACUACAUGGAUACCUGCUACGAAAAUGAUGAUGAUCAAUACUAUGAAUGUGAUGAAGAAUGGGAUGAAACAUACUUUGGUUCACAAGUUGACUGGUCUCCCACUGCCUCUGAGUGGAAUCCGAGCGAAGCUGCCGUCGAAGACGAGUCGCUCUUCGAUGUGGUGGAGUUCGAUUCCGUCUACUCUGCAUAUGCCGAUGCCAAGAGCCGACUUGCACAGUUGCGCCAAAGCCGUGGCUUCUACCCGGUUGUGGCACUGGUGGACGGCAAGGGUUCCAGCAUGUCUCAAGGUGGGGGUAGUUCAAAGUCUAAAGGCCAAAGUAAGAAGGGAUCCAAACAAUCACCAUAUCCACCAAAAGGAAAGGGUAUCAAAGCUAGAGGAAAAGCCAUAGCGGGGGAUCUAGUUUGUUUGAGAUGUGGCAAGACUGGCCACAAAGCUGCAAACUGCAAGAGCUCUUCUGCUGCUGCCUCUGGUCCCUCCUCUCCUGCAAAGAAGCGUCCCAUCGACCUUGAUCCGAUGGUGAACAUGGUCUUCCAGACCUCUGGCGAUGAGUUUCAUGAGAUUGAGGAGACCUACAUGCAAGGCGAAUCUGUGGUGCGUGCUGGUGGAUGGGUGACAAAGAUCGAACGUGGCAAGCAAGAUGCGAUGCUUCUGCGACUUGCUGCAACCUUCAACUCCAUCGAGGACUUCGAGAACCCGCAGUUCGACCUCAGAGCCAAGGAUGAUGACCACGAUGAUGCAUGCUCUUUGCAAGAUUUUCUUCAAGAUCUACGUGCUGCCGAGCGCUAUGAGGAAAUGAUCUCCGAGGUCCAAUUCACCGACGACGCCUCUGAGAAUGAGUUCGUUGAUGUUGAGACCUAUGUGAAUGUGGAUGAGCAGAUUCCUGAGGAGCACUUUCAUGCCCAUGAGCUGACUGAACGCACUCAAUGCUCAAUGUCGAAGACCUGGUCAUGGAUUCAGGGUCAACAGGUUGAAACCUCCAAGAAAGCAGCCCAACUUGCCUAUGAAGCUCGAUGCCAACCUCACCCACGAAAGAAGCUCAUUUGGGAAGUCUACAGUGGCACUGGCCUUUUAGGCAACCAUCAACAUGCCCGACUUGAAGGUGGAAGCCGUUGCAAGAAGGCUGAGAAUUACCAAUGCGAGCUUGCCUGGAAUUUAGCUCCUGCCCUUCUUGAAGAUGAAGGUUUGUCAGAGCAGGCCUAUGCUGUUGAUCAAGACGCUGAAGCUCAAGAGCUGACUGGAGUUCUUCGAAAACUUGGCACAAAGCAUGGCUCUGAAGCGGUGCGCAUUGCCUACCGCCUCCAUCGAAACCUUGGGCAUCCGAGAAAGGACACUUUGGUCCGCAUGCUGCAGGCCAAGAAUGCAGACCCAAAGGUCAUCGCUGCAGCCGAAGCCCUUGAGUGCCCUUACUGCAACAAGUUUUCUUCUAGGAAACAAUCAGCUCCAGCUCAUGCUGAGCGUCCCAUGGACUUCAAUGAGCAGCUUCAGGCCGACACCUUGUGGUUUGAUUUGAGCUCAGUUGAGCCUGAUGCCCCUUCUGACAAAGUCGCCAAGCGGAAGAUUGGCAUGUUGGUCAUGGUUGAUUCUGCAACUCGCUUCAUGGCUCUGCGAACCAUUCCUGAUGAAUCAAGCAACUCCCUCAUGAAAGCAGUUGAACGUGAAUGGAUUCGCUACUUUGGCCCUCCGAAGCAGCUGAGCGUUGAUGAAUGGUCUGGAUGGGGCAGUGACGCUAUGAUGCAAUGGUCUGGCGACCACGACAUAGAGAUGAAGAUUUCCCCUGGGCAAAGUCAUUCACGAACUUCAAUUGUGGAGCGAAGACACCAACUCCUUCGCAAAGCACUCUCCAUCUUCAUGACAGAAAAUGGACUAUGUGGCCUUGAUGGACUUCACACGGCCUUGAACUGGACUGUGCCCACAUUGAAUCAAUGCACUUUUGUGAAUGGAUUUACCCCUAUGCAACUUGCCCUGGGAAAACAACCAAAUAUGCCUGGACUCAUCUCUGACGAGCGCACUGGUCCAAUUCAACUUCAACAAACUGAACAAGAUCGACUACGGCGACGACUUGAACUCAAAGCAAGUGCCCAAAAUGCAUGUGCUGUUGCGGAGAUUGACGUCAAACUUCGACGUGCUCUACUCCGACGCUUUUCAGGUGCUGAUGAAGAUCUACAGCCAGGUGAACGAUGUCUUUACUGGCGAGAAGUUGGCAAUCGAUUCCACACGGUUCAGUGGAAAGGCCCUGCAACGGUCGUUGCUGUCCAACGAGACCCAGACACUGGCACCAUUGACACCUAUUGGAUUGCCCACGGCACUGUGCUCAUCCGUGCCGGACGUCAACAUGUUCGACGACUUGUUGGCCAAGAAGGUCUUGUCAAUGGAGCUCAACGUGCUGAACAAGCCAUUGCUGGUCUCCGUCAACGGCGAGUUGUCCGAACUGCCGACUUGCGGCGCAUCAACAAGCACACCUUGGAGGAGCUUGAGGGUGAGAUCUCUGAUGGAAUUUUUGAUGAGCCCUCGCCAAAGAAAGCCAAGACCAACCAUCCCCCUGAUCAAGGUGAGCAAGAUGCCCCAGCAGCACGACCUGAAUCAGUGCGAUCAUUUUCCUAUGAGCCAACUGAACCCAUCGAUGAUUUGCCAAAAGAUCCUGCUGAAGAUCCACCUCUUCCUGUGGCUGAUCCGUCUUCUGGCUUGGACUUGCCAACGGAUCCCGGUUUGGACUUACCGGAUGAGUCAAGGCGCUUGGAUUUGGAUUUGCGCGACUCUGAAGAGCCACAACCCUCACAGCAAGCUGAAGCAGCAGCAGCGCCCUCCAGCGGAGAGGCAGGUCCUGGACUUAUGCCUGAACCUCUUCCGCAAGAUGUUCCAAUCCCUGAUGGUGAUGGCAGUGAAGCUGAUCAGCCCACCAUUGCAGCUGACAACACCACCACCCAAUCUUCAAUGCCUGAGGCACCUCCACAACUUCCUGGACUUUCCUUUGCUGAACGCCGACGGCAACAUGAACGAAGUGAGACUUCUUGGAUGCGAUCUCCAUUGUGGCCACUGGUGCAUGAUCACCCUGAUCCUCAAAGCCCUGGCAAUUCAAAGCGUGCCGAGCACCAUGAAUCGGUCAACAUCGCUGUGGAGCUCUUUCCAAAUGGCUGUGAAGGCUCAACCAACCUUCCAGCUGGAUGGCACUAUGAUCCGAAAACCCAUGAGAUCUACCUUGGUUCCACAGCAGAUUUUUGGAGCUUUGAAGAUGGAUUUUUGGUUAGAAACCAUGUUUGGUCAAGAGAUUGCACUUUUCAUACAACAGAUUUUCCCUUGCCUGCCGAGAAGCUCCAGACCACAAAUGGCCUGACAAUGAGACGCAACAGCCGCAUCAUCCUGGUGAACGAGGCGCAGCCUGCCCCUGUGGGUGAUGAACCAUGGUUUGGAAAGACCUUGUACCCACUGACCAAAGAUGCUGCAGCUGAGUUUGGCCAAAACUACGUUGGCGACCUGUCCAAGAAGUUUAACAACAAAACCAUCCGAAGCCGUGGCCAUAUCUGGUCUGCCCAAGCUGCGCCCAAGAAGAAGAACGUCAAGGAUUCAGCUGACCUGAAGGAAAGCCGAAUGAGUCUUGAAGACCGCCUGGCGUUCAUCGAGGGCAAGAAAGCUGAGUUGGCCUCCAUUUUUGAGAAUCAAGUUUGGGAGAUUGAGCUCCAUCCUGAGAAGGUCGAUUGGAACCGCGUGAUGAAAGCACGGUUUGUGCUGAAGUGGUCUGCCGACAACAAUGGCAACCCACGCGCAAAAGCACGUUUGGUUCUUCAAGGAUUUUCUGAUCCAGAUCUACUACGAGGAGAGCUUGACACAUCUUCCCCUACUUUGAGCCGAUCCUCACGGCAGAUUCUCCUGGCCAUUGCAACUUGCAAAUCCUGGCUUGUUUUCAUUUCUGAUGUUGCGACAGCCUUUCUUCAAGGCGAUCCGCAGAAACGAAUCUUGUGGGCCAGAAUCCCCAAAGAUGCUUGCCAGCUGAUUGGUGUGCCAGCCGGUACACUAAUGCGACUUCUCAAACCCAUUUACGGGCAAGCCGAUGCUCCAAGAAGAUGGUUUCAAGUUGCCCGCAGAAGAUUGAUUGCUGCAGGAUACCAACCACAUCCACUAGAUCAAUGCCUUUAUUGCCUUUUUCAUGGUGAUCAAUUGGUUUCAAUGAUCGGCAUUCAUGUCGAUGAUCUCAUCGGUGCUGGACUUGAAUCCGAUGAAGUCUACCAGAAGGCAAAACAGGCUCUUCAUGAGAGUUUCAACUUCAAACAUUGGACUGAAGCAAAAGAAACUGGUCAACUACAGUUUUGCGGUUGUGACCUUGAGGCUGAUGGAAAAGGUGGCUGGUGGUUGCGCCAACAGGCGUACGUCCAAAAGAUCAAACCUUUGACCUUGAGCGAUUCAGAUGAGAAUCGUGAAUUGACUGUCAAAGAACUGACAAUGCUCCGUGGACUUCUAGGAGCGCUUCAAUGGCCAGCAACCCAGACUUCACCGCACCUCAGUGCAAGCGUGAGUCUUUUGUGUGGCGAAGUGAGCGCCGCAGCAGUUUCCACAGCUACCCAAGCAAACAAGCUGCUUAGAUUUGCCAAAGCCAACAGCGACGUUGGACUCCAAUUUUCUGACCUUGGCCAGCUACAUGAGCUAUGCAUGAUAGCCUUGAGCGAUGCAGCCUGGGGCGUUCGGAAGAACCAUGAGUCCCAAGGCGGCUACUUUGUUUUGCUGAUGAAUGUGAAGGCCUUGCAAGGUCAAUUGGACCAACCCUAUGUUGUUUUGGAUUGGCGAAGCUACAAACUCCCCAGAAUCAGCCGCAGUAGCCUCAACUCUGAAGCACAAGCAUGA